AUGGCAGAGCAGGAGUCGUUGAGCCCACAGGGGCUGCUCCGCUGGAUCGUCUGCUCGCUGUACCUGGAUGAAGCCAUCCCACGGGGUUCAAUACUGCAGUGGUACUGGCAGAUGUUGACAGGUGUGAAGCUCAGCCAACAGCAGCUCGUGAUCCUGGUUGAGUCGACGCCUGGCGUCUACAUGGACCCACCUGGCUCCAAAAAGCUCAACUUCCGGGCGGUCCUCGAGGAGCCUCCCAUGUCCUGGCGAGGCUUCGUGCAGGAGGAGGACCACUCCAUCCAGGAGUUGGUCUCUGAGGAGGUGUGGGAGGAGAUCCGGCUUCACCUGCUGAGAGGCGGCUGGCCCAAGACCCAGGACAGCGCCAUCAGGAGCGUGACUGUUGCCUGCUGGUUGCAAGAUCAGUCUGACACUCUUAGAGAAAUCAGCUUUGGACGCUUGCUCCAAAUCAUCACAAUCUGCACACACCAAGACAAGUUCCUGGGUGUGCGCGAUGGGUGCCUUGUACCAUAUCACGAGUCAGAGGAGUACGAGCGACUCCAGAAUGCCGAUGCCGGGAAACCCACAGGGGUACGAUCAGACGAGGACUACAUCAAGAACUGGGAGGAGCUCAUCGAGUGCUUGCGACAGCUCAUCGUCAUGAGCCCGAAGUACGAGGUCGAAGUCUCCCAGGUGAAGUUGCAGUGCCGCUCGCGGCUGCAGAAGGAGCUGAGCGAGACCGUCUUUGGCCACUGCUCACUCUCCAAGCUGCUGGACGAUCCCAAGCUACAAGUCGACUUUGUAAAGACAGGCGACCCAAUGACCAGGCCGUGCAUCUCUUUGCCCCGAACUCAUUGGCAGUACGUCAAGCAGUGGGAGAAGCAGUGGGACAAGCUGUGGGCUGGCAGGUGGCCAGGGCAAGACAAGUCGGACUCCGGUUCGGGACGCGAGUCGGGCAAGGAUUCCUGGGGCGGCUACGGCAAGUCCAACAAGGGCAAGGGUGCCGGCAAACUGCUGGCAAAGGCGCUUCCCAAAGGUGAAGGAAAAGGCAAAGAGAAACCUAGCUGGAAGCCCAGUGACAGCGCUUUUCCGCCUGGCAAAGUAGGCGACGAUGUCUGGAUCGAGGCUGACAUCACGUUGAAAACCGGAGUGUCGAAGCUGAAGGUUUACCUGAACGAGAAGCCAGCCGUCGCAGCGAAACGGUUCCUGGAGAAAGAAGGACUGGACCCCUGGUAUCAGACGCCUCUGUCGGCGUGGAUUCAGAAGGAGGCGUCCCAGAAGGAGGGCACCUUCCUGAAGCUGGAGGGAGAUCUCGCCACCAUCGUGAAGCCUGCCCCGCGGAUCCAGACACAAUAG